UGCAGCCCUGUCACACUCAUCAUGGCCUCUGCUGGGCUGCAGAUCCUGGGAGUUGUCCUGACUCUGCUGGGCUGGGUGAAUGCCCUGGUGUCCUGCGCCCUGCCCAUGUGGAAGGUGACCGCUUUCAUCGGCAACAGCAUUGUGGUGGCCCAGGUGGUGUGGGAGGGGCUGUGGAUGUCCUGCGUGGUGCAGAGCACUGGCCAGAUGCAGUGCAAGGUGUACGACUCGCUGCUGGCGCUGCCCCAGGACCUGCAGGCCGCCCGUGCCCUCUGUGUCAUCGCCCUCCUUGUGGCCCUGCUCGGCCUGCUGGUCUACCUUGCUGGGGCCAAGUGUACCAACUGCGUAGAGGACAAGGAUUCCAAGGCCCGCCUGGUGCUCACCUCUGGGAUCAUCUUUGUCAUCUCAGGGGUCCUGAUCCUGGUACCCAUCUGCUGGACAGCCAAUGCCAUCAUCCAGGACUUCUACAAUCCCCUGGUGGCUGAUGCCCAAAAGCGGGAGCUGGGGGCCUCCCUCUACCUGGGCUGGGCAGCCUCAGGCCUUUUGUUCCUGGGUGGGGGGCUGCUGUGCUGCACUUGCCCCUCAGGGGGGUCCCGGGGCCCCAGCCAUUACAUGGCUCGCUACUCGGCAUCUGCCCCUGCCGCCUCUCGCGGGCCCUCCGAGUACCCCACCAAGAAUUAUGUCUGAUGUGGGUAGGAGAAUGAAGGCUCCAGUGGAGCCUUCACCCCUGAGCUGGGACCAUCAAAAGAUGGUGACGCCCAGCAGCUUUGGGGUAGGUUCUUAUCUUCUGUUUCUGCUUUUUGCUGUUUUUAUUUUGGGGGGGUAUUUUUAAAAUACAUUUGGUAACUGAACCAAGAAGAUGACUC